AAGAAUGACCAACAAGAGCCUAACUCCUGGGCUAACCACAAUCCUCCUCCUGUUGAUGGCUUGGUUGGCCAUGAUCAAUGCCGCCACUUUUGAGAAGUUCCUGCGACAGCACGUGGAUUACCCAAUGACCGAAUUCACGGACGCCCAACAGUACUGCAACCUCAUGAUGAAACGCCGGCACCUGGCGACCAAUAAAUACUGUAAACAUCUCAACACAUUUGUCCACAUGGAAGUCCCUCAGAUCCAAGCUGUCUGUGGUCCGGCAGGAGAACCAACCACGGGAGACCUCCGUGAAAGUAACUCCAGCUUCCCCUUGACAUUGUGCAAGCUUCAGAGGGGCUCUUGGGCUCCAGAUUGCAACUACGUAGGAACCAGCGCUGUCGAUAGGAUUAUCAUCGCUUGCGAAGAUGGCUGCCCCGUCCACUUGGAAACCGAAGUUCCAGAUUAUAUGUAG